GCCAGCUUGGCCCUGGCCUGUCAAGCGGCUCAUUGUUCCUGCCCCGGGUGUCACUGGGCGCCGCCGGGGACAAUGUGGCACUGAGAGGGGCGGCCGGCGGUGGAGGGACGAGGCGCACGGAAAGGCUCAUCUCGCCCUCCCGCCAUGGCAUCGCCGGACGGAGCCAGCGGCGUGGGCAGCAGUCCCGAGGAGACGGAGCUCAGCAUCACCCUGACCCUCCGCAUGCUCAUGCACGGCAAGGAGAUCGGCAGCAUCAUUGGCAAGAAAGGAGAGACCGUUAAGAGGAUACGAGAGCAGAGCAGUGCACGCAUCACUAUCUCGGAAGGGUCCUGCCCUGAGCGCAUCACCACGAUCACUGGCUCCACCGACGCCGUCUUCCGCGCUGUCUCCAUGAUCGCCUUCAAGCUGGAGGAGGACCUGGGAGCAGGGGGCGAUGGGGUGUCAGCAGGCAGAGCACCGGUGACCCUUCGCCUUGUCAUCCCCGCCAGCCAAUGCGGUUCCCUCAUCGGCAAGGCGGGAGCCAAGAUCCGGGAGAUCCGGGAGAGCACAGGGGCACAGGUACAGGUGGCUGGUGACCUGCUUCCCAACUCCACUGAACGGGCUGUCACCGUCUCAGGGGUGCCAGACACCAUCAUCCAGUGCGUGAGGCAGAUCUGCGCUGUCAUCCUGGAGUCGCCUCCGAAGGGGGCCACCAUACCCUACCACCCUGGUCUCUCCCUGGGCACCAUCCUGCUCUCUGCCAAUCAGGGCUUCUCCAUGCAAGGCCAGUACAGCGGUGUCUCUCCUGCGGAAGUGACAAAGCUGCAGCAGAUGUCAGGGCAUGCGCUUCCCUUCGCCCCCCUGGGCCAUGCACCCACUAUGAUGCCAGGCCUGGAUGCCAGCUCCCAGAGCAGCUCCCAAGAGUUCCUGGUGCCCAAUGAUCUCAUCGGCUGCAUCAUCGGCCGGCACGGCAGCAAGAUCAGCGAGAUCAGGCAGAUGUCGGGUGCCCACAUCAAGAUUGGCAACCAGACCGAGGGCUCCAGCGAGCGGCACGUGACCAUCACAGGGACCCCUGUCAGCAUCACCCUGGCUCAGUACCUCAUCACAGCCUGCUUAGAGACUGCUAAAUCUACCUCCCAGGUGCCACCGGGCCCUGGCUCCAUGGACCUCGGCAUGGGCUUCUCCCAGCCCCUCGCCCCAGGCUCUGGUGCGGCACUUCCUGCCGUCGCCCCAGCCCCCCCGGCCCUGCUGGGCACCCCCUAUGCCAUCUCCCUGUCCAACUUCAUCGGCCUGAAGCCGGUGUCCUUCCUGGCGCUGUCCCCAUCCUCCGUGGCAGGUCCCAAUGGUGGCACCACCACCUACACGACCAAGAUCUCAGCGGCCAACGGCACCAAGAAAGCUGACCGGCAGAAGUUCUCGCCCUACUGAACCCCGCUGGUGGGUGGGCCAGGGGGUCCCGGGUGCUCCUCAGUAGCAGGGACACCUUCCCACCACCCACCCUGACCUCAGCCUCUGCCAGGUUGCCCGUGUCCCCCACCGCAGGGAAGGGAAGGGUCUUCCUGGUGGUGAUGCCUGCUGGAGGAAGGGGCUGUUUCGUUGCUUGCUGCCCAUCCCAGCAGCGCUGUGCCCCCCUCCCUGAUCUUCUGCACAGAGACCACGUGUCCUGGUAUUGGGUGGGGGGGCUGUCCCUGCUGGCCUAGGGUCCCUUCUCCCAGUGCCCUGUGCUGCUGUGGGACCCCUGCUUCCUCCUCUUCACCCUGCCUCCCCUGCAAUCCUGCUCAUUCCCACACUCCAUCUGGCAUCCAAAAGCCACGUCCCACUGGAUGAGGCCUCUCCAGGAGUCCCCCUUCCACUGGCUCUGGUGGGGGGCCCUCCCUGGGCCACCCUGGAGCAAUCGCCUCCCAGCAACCCCAUCCAAGAGCCAGUCCCUGCUGGCUUGGAAAUGCUGUAUAUAUAUCAGUCUAUAUUUUUU